AUGAGGUUUGUGGCAUUAUAUCGAUCCACAACUUGCCGGCGAGGAAAAUUUCUGCUACCACCACACACCGUCACAACCAUUAAGCUACCACCCGAACCCCCUACCAGCAACCAUCUCUAUUUUCAUGUCUAUCUUCUUUUCAACAAUGGUCUUUUUUUACUUCAUAUCCUCUCUCUGUCACUCUGUCUCUCUCUCUUUCCCCUCUUCUUCUUUUACACACACACACACACACUCUCUCUCUCUCUCUCUCUCUCUUACCCCUCUUCUUAUUCUUCUUCUACACUGACUAUUCUUGCUUUUAACCAAUCAAAACACGCCAGCCAGAGCAUACUUUAUUUAUAUCGUCUUCAUUCGCCAUCAGCCUCUGUUCUUUUCUCGUCAACCAUUACAACAGUAACACGUCUUCCUACUUUCUUUACUUGCACAUAUACUUCUUUUUAUAAUGACUCCUCCCUCCUUUCUAUAGCACCUACUACUACUUCUCUUCAUAAGGAUCAUUAA